ACCUCCGUGGGCGGGGCCAGGGCAGCCUGGGCAGGAAGGGUAUAAAGCCAGUAGGAUUCCAGUUUCACUACAACAGGAGACAGCAGGUAGGAGAAGACGCCACAGACGGAACAGACCAUAUACUACUGUAGUGUACCUUUACAAGGAGUCAUGGUGAAGUGUGUAGCCGUAAUUCUGUCAGGGUGUGGAGUCUAUGAUGGGACUGAGGUCCACGAGGCGUCAGCUGUACUGGUCCACCUCAGCAGGGCUGGAGCUAAGGUCCAGAUGUUUGCCCCCAACGUGGACCAAAUGCAUGUAGUGAAUCACUGUGAGGGGAAACCCACAGCUGAGAAACGUAACGUCCUGGAGGAGAGUGCUCGAAUCGCCCGCGGCGAUGUGUCUGACCUUGCCAAGCUAGAGAUCACCGCCUUCGACGCCCUCGUUAUCCCAGGUGGUUUUGGCGUGGCUAAAAAUCUGUCUGACUGGGCUGUGAAGGGGAAGGAGUUCACGGUUCAACCCCAAGUAGAGAAGCUGAUUAAGGGGUUCCACGCUGCAGGCAAGCCCCUGGCUAUGUGCUGCAUCUCCCCUGUCCUAGCUGCUAAGGCCCUGCCGGGGUGUGAGGUCACCGUGGGACAGGACAAGGAGUGUGAGAGAUGGCCCCAUGCCCAGACGGCAACUUCCAUGAAGGAGCUGGGCUGUAAACACGUGAAUAAGAAAGUGGGGGAGGUCCACAUCGAUGUGAAGAACAAGCUGGUCACCUCCUCAGCCUUCAUGUGUAAUGCUCCCAUACACGAGGUGUUUGACGGGGUGGGCGUCAUGGUUACAGAACUGCUCAAACUGGCCUAGGACACGUCUGAGAUGCAGAAUACUGAUUAGCUGUGCUUCUCAAAAGAUACCCUGCUCCCUUUAUAGUGCUGAUGUGAUCUUCUCAGAAGACACCCUGCUCCCUUUAUAGUGCUGAUGUGAUCUUCUCAAAAGACACCCUGCUCCCUUUAUAGUGCUGAUGUGAUCUUCUCAAAAGACACCCUGUUCCCUUUAUAGUGCUGAUGUGAUCUUCUCAAAAGACACCCUGUUCCCUUUAUAGUGCUGAUGUGAUCUUCUCAAAAGACACCCUGCUCCCUUUAUAGUGCUGAUGUGAUCUUCUCAAAAGACACCCUGCUCCCUUUAUAGUGCUGAUGUGAUCUUCUCAAAAGACACCCUGCUCCCUUUAUAGUGCUGAUGUGAUCUUCUUAAAAGACACCCGUCAGAAGAUGGGAAUCGGGAGCCAUUUGGGAAGUGACCUCACAAUCAUGUUUGUUGUUGUUGUUGUUGUUGUUGUUGUUUGUUUCCCUGGAGACCCUCCUGAUUGGAAUGUAAUUGUGUUGUGUUGUGUUUCUGUUGCUUCAUCUGGAAGACUUGUGUUUUUAUCAACAUCGUAAUAAAAGUCAAACCAAAUUCUAAAAA